UUAUAGAUUUAUAGCAAUUAAGUUCAACAUUGGCUGUAUGGAAAUUUCCUUGUUCAGUAAUCAGUACGCAAUAUGCACUAUGCAUCAUAUUAAAGAAUUUUUUUAAUACUGUCAGCUACUUGAGUUUUUGACUGCUGAGUCACGAGUGGCGUCGUUCAGCUGCACUUAAAGCCGGCUGGCUGGCGGAGGCAGCUGCAGCAGCGUACAGUGCCAUCAAAUAGCUGGCAGCCAGCCAGCCAGCGCCAAACAGGCCAGCCGAACGCGCCCUAGUUGUACUACUGUAGUGUCAUCUACUUUUGAUUUGAUUGGAUUUUUAAUCCACCUCUUGUGAAAUUUAUGUCCUUUCAAUUAGUAAUAGUUUCAUAAUCUUUCUUUGAUAUCUCAUAUAUUUUCACACUUAAAAUGUGAACAGAAACAGAUUGAGUUGCUGACAAAAGUGAAGAUGCCACUAUCAGAUUUGGUGAGUGCGGCUCUGGCGCUGGAUCAAUCUAUCUUGGAUGUUGAUCAAGUGGAGAAUCUUAUAAAGUUCUGCCCUACGAAAGUAGAAAUGGAACUUCUCAAGAAUUACACCGGAGACAAGGAAACUCUUGGGAAGUGUGAACAGUGCGCGAUCACAACAAGAACGCUUCAGACAACUCUGGUGAUGUUUGGAGUAUACAGGAGCAUCUGUUCCUGCGCAUCCACACCUAAUCAUUCCAGCCCACUCACCUCAGUUUAAACAAGCAAGUGGUUCAAACCAAGACCAAGAACAAGCGAUGCCGGGACAGGUUCGUACUCGCCAAUGUGCGGACGGCAAGGAGACGUUCAAGCCAGAGAUGGUGCUGAGGGAUAGUUUAAUUGGAUUCUAUGCAAUUAUUUUUGUUAAUUGGCUGCAGAAAAAUAUGUUCUAAGCAGUCACAUGUCCUCUAAUGAAAAUAAGAGAUGUAAUGCAUGGUGCAUCUUUAAUAUGUCUACUUAUAUACCA